CGAAGCCGUCGUUUUCCGCCGCUGUGCCACCCCGGGACGCCGCUCCGCGAGGACACCGGCCGGGAGCCCGGAGCGGGGCAGCCUCCGCCCUUCUCUGCAUCCGCCCCGUCCUGCGAGGCGGGACGUGACCGCUCCCCGGAGCCCGGCGCGCAGCAGCUGCCCCCUCCCAGCGGAGCCGUGACCCCUCCUCCGGCUCCGCCGCCGCCCGUCCCGAGGAGGGAGCCCGGCACUUGUUGCUGCCGCGAUGGUGACCGGCCCGGCCGAGUAGGGAGCGCCGAGCCCGUCGGGGAGAGCAGAGCCGAGCCCGGCCCGGAACGGGGCAGCGCGGGGUGUUGUCUCCCCGCAGCGCCCGGCGGUGACGGCGCUUCCCGGGCCACGCCAAGACUUUGGUCUCCGCGUGGGAAUCGCGCCCGGCAUCGCCGCCCGCGCCAGCUGGUCCCGGCGGGCUGAGGGGGCACCGCCGCCCGCCCCGUCCCUCGGCUGCGGCCAAAAUGUCCUUCUUCAACUUUCGUAAGAUCUUCAAGCUGGGCGGCGAGAAGAAGAAGAAACAAUACGAGCACGUCAAGAGGGAUUUGAACCCUGAAGAGUUCUGGGAAAUCAUAGGAGAGCUGGGCGAUGGUGCUUUCGGUAAAGUGUUCAAGGCUCAGAACAAAGAAACGAAAGUUCUGGCUGCUGCAAAGGUGAUAGAUACUAAAUCAGAAGAAGAACUUGAAGAUUACAUGGUGGAGAUUGACAUUUUGGCAUCCUGUGAUCAUCCUAAUAUUGUCAAGCUCCUAGAUGCUUUCUACUAUGAAAACAAUCUGUGGAUCCUGAUUGAAUUUUGUGCAGGAGGAGCAGUAGAUGCAGUAAUGCUGGAGCUUGAAAGGCCGUUGACAGAGCCACAGAUCAAAGUGGUGUGCAGGCAGACACUGGAAGCUCUGAACUACUUGCAUGAGAAUAAGAUCAUCCACAGAGAUCUAAAAGCUGGCAAUAUUCUUUUCACAUUAGAUGGAGACAUUAAACUAGCGGAUUUUGGAGUGUCAGCUAAAAACACCAGAACAAUACAAAGAAGAGACUCCUUUAUUGGUACACCAUAUUGGAUGGCUCCAGAAGUGGUAAUGUGUGAGACCUCUAAAGACAGGCCGUACGAUUACAAGGCUGAUAUCUGGUCCCUCGGCAUUACUUUAAUAGAAAUGGCUCAAAUAGAGCCACCCCACCACGAGCUGAAUCCCAUGCGAGUGCUGCUGAAAAUCGCAAAAUCCGAUCCGCCCACGCUGGCCCAGCCUUCAAAAUGGUCAUCAGAUUUUAAAGAUUUUCUGAAGAAAUGUUUGGAAAAGAAUGUAGAUGCAAGGUGGAGUGCAACUCAGCUUCUACAGCAUCCAUUUGUUACUGUUACUUCAAAUAAACCAAUAAGAGAAUUGAUUGCAGAAGCUAAGGCUGAAGUUACAGAAGAAGUUGAAGAUGGUAAAGAUGAGGAUGAAGAAGAAGAAACAGAAAAUUCUCUGCAGUUACCUGCAGAAAAACGUGCAUCCUCCGAUCUCAGUAUUGCCAGCUCUGAAGAGGAUAAACUUUCACAGAAUGCUUCUGCCCUGGAAUCUCUCUCUGAGAAAACAGAAAGCAAUGCCAUUGAGGACAAAGCAACUGGAGAUGAAUCUGAGGACAUUAAAUUUAGGAAAACAGCUGAUAACAUACAUGAUACUCCCAUUAGUGAUGUGAAAGUGCAGAACGGUUCUUUGCCAACUGGUGAAGAUGAGCAAGGCAAAAUGGCGCCAGCAGAAAAGAGUACAGAGAGCCUGGAAAAAAUGCAUGAGGAUACAGAACCCCAGAAAGGAGGUAAAGAACUUGAUGUGGAAAUAAAGAAUGAACUUAACUUCAAAAUAGAGGAAGAAAAUUCCUUGGCAGAUGAACAGACAGAAGAUGACAAACUGGAAGUAGUACCUGUAACUGAAGGUAGGGUAGAAAAUGAAGAAGGCAUUUCUAAGGAAACUGGUGAAAAAGAAGAGAAGGAGAAGAGAAUGGAUCUCUUGGAUGGUGAGGAAGAAAAGGUCCCUGCAGAAAACAGAAAUACAGAGCAAAAGGAAGAUGAAGGUGAAGCUCAGAAAGAGGCAGUAAUAGAUACCACUGCAGAAACUCUGCCUAAUGCUACAGUUAAAGUGUCUGAUGCAGAAAAGGAGCUAAUAAAGCAUGGAAUUGACAACGUUAAGGAGAUAGGUGCUAUUGCUGAAACACCCAUCAGUGAUGGGGAUAAAAUACCUGAGCUGGAGGAUAAGCCAGUGGAAAGUCAGGCUAAGCAGGUGCAUGAGAUUAUCAGCUCUGAAGAAACUCUAUCAGAAAGCCAAGAUAAAGUGAUCGAAGAAGACAAGAAACAGGCAGAAAGUGAAAAUGAGGGUAUCAGUAAUAGAAACAGCACAGCGGAGACAAAGAUCAAAGAUUCUGGAACAGAUAUUGUAGACCAGAAGGCAUUACAGAACGAACCUGAGGAUAUUCCUGAUAAACUGGUGGAUAAACUGACUGGUAUGGACCAAAAUUCAGGAGAGCGCCGACCCGAGAAUAUGCAAGAAAACAACAUCCAGAUAGACAAAGAACAUCCGGCAGUUACCUCUGAUGAAAUAAUGAAGAAUGCUGUCAGUGAACAAACUGAUGACUCUGAAGUCACUCCAGUCCCCAGUAUUAGUAUUAGCACUGAAGAAAAUGAGAAGGUCAAAACAGAUAACCAAGGCAAUACUGAGACUUUACAGCAACUGGAAUCGGAGAAUUUGAAGGAAAAUGAUGCGGAUUCAGGCACCGGUUCUACAGCUGAUAACAGCAGCAUUGAUUUGAACUUGUCCAUUUCUAGUUUCCUUAGUAAAAACAAAGAGACAGGAUCAAUAUCUUUACAGGAAACUAGAAGGCAGAAGAAAACGUUAAAGAAAACUCGAAAGUUUGUCGUUGAUGGAGUAGAAGUGAGUGUAACCACAUCAAAAAUAGUUACUGAAAAUGAUUCAAAGAGUGAAGAAAUGCGAUUUCUACGACGUCAAGAGCUCAGAGAGCUGAGACUUCUUCAGAAAGAGGAGCAGAGAGCCCAACAGCAGCUCAGCAAUAAGCUUCUGCAGCAGCGAGAGCAGAUGUACAGACGUUUUGAACAGGAAAUGACAAGUAAAAAGCGACAGUAUGAUCAAGAGAUAGAGAACCUGGAAAAGCAGCAGAAGCAGACGAUCGAGCGCCUGGAGCAGGAGCACACGAAUCGCUUACGGGAUGAAGCAAAACGCAUCAAGGCCGAGCAGGAGAAGGAGUUGUCCAAAUUCCAGAAUGUGCUGAAAAACAAAAAAAAAGAGGUUUUAUGUGAAGUGGAGAAAGCACCAAAAGAGCUGAGAAAAGAGCUCAUGAAACGCAAGAAAGAGGAGCUUGCACAAAGCCAGCAUGCUCAGGGUGUUGCUCAGGUUAUGAUUCAGUCUUUUCAGUUGUCUUCAUGUACACUUUUCAACGCACAAAUGCAGGAUGAGCAGGAGUUUGUGCAGAAGCAGCAACAGGAGCUGGAUGCAUCUCUGAAGAAAAUAAUUCAGCAGCAGAAGACGGAACUGGCCACUAUUGAACGAGAUUGCCUCAACAACAAACAGCAGCUCAUGAGAGCUCGUGAAGCUGCAUUCUGGGAGCUGGAGGAGCGGCACCUACAGGAGAAACACCAGCUCCUCAAGCAGCAGCUCAAGGAUCAGUACUUCAUGCAGAGGCACCAGCUGCUUAAGAGGCAUGAAAAAGAAACAGAACAAAUGCAGAGGUAUAAUCAACGCCUUAUAGAGGAGUUAAAGAACAAACAAACUCAGGAAAGAGCCAGACUGCCUAAAAUCCAGCGAAGUGAAGCAAAGACUCGGAUGGCCAUGUUUAAGAAGAGUUUGAGAAUCAAUUCAUUUGCCUCUCCAGACCAAGAUCGUGAAAAAAUUAAGCAGUUUGCUGUUCAAGAAGAAAAGAGGCAGAAGAAUGAGAGAUUGGCACAGCAUCAGAAACACGAAAACCAAAUGCGGGACCUUCAGUUGCAGUGUGAAGCAAACAUCAGGGAACUGCAUCAGUUACAGAAUGAAAAAUGCCAUCUACUGGUUGAGCAUGAGACUCAGAAGCUAAAAGAGCUGGAUGAAGAGCACAGCCAAGAACUGAAGGAAUGGAGAGAGAAAUUGAGACCAAGAAAAAAGAUGUUGGAAGAAGAAUUUGCCAGAAAACUGCAGGAACAGGAAGUUUUCUUUAAAAUGACUGGAGAAUCCGAAUGCCUUAAUCCUUCAACACAAAGCCGGAUUUCCAAAUUCUACCCAAUCCCCAGCCUUCACUCCACUGGCUCGUAACUCUGGGAACUUUUGUAGGUUUUUUUUGUGUUUGGAAUUCUCCCUCUUUACGGUCUGACCCGACAUACCCGUGGUGUAUGAACAUCGGGGACCUCGCUUGUCUUGUUUUCAGUGGAGACAAUCAGUGUCAGGAGCGGUUUCUUCACUCCCCUGAACAGAGGAAAUGAACCAAGUGUUGGUGUACAGUGGUAUUGUUAUGUCUUUCAGAUGUUCCAAGACAAAGUGGGUUUUUUAUCCCAGUCUCUAAAAGUACGUUACCUACGGUUUUGACUUUAAGCCUGAAAUAUUAAAUAUGCUCUUUCUCAUCACACACAAAAAAAAUGGUUUCUCGUCUGAAUGUUUAAACGGUGUAAUAUUAGUUCAGCUACUGUGUUUUUUAAGCAUCAGAUUUCUCCACGAGAGAAUUCCACAAUUGAAACUGCCAUGAGAGGUUUAAAGUUUCAUAAUGUGAGCCGUGUCUUCAUGGCAAGGACUGAAACUAAUUACUGAGAACAUGCCAGUAAUCAGAAAAAACAAACCCUUGUGUUUAAACACAAUUGGCAAAAGCAAAAGCCUUUGCAACUUCCCUGGCAUAAAUGAAACUGAGCUGAUCUCCAUGACAUGUUUUGUCUAUUAGUUCCAUAAUGAAAUGGGGUGCUAGUUUAAUUAAUACAGUGCCUGAAACACUUAGAUAUGCUGAUCCUGGCAACAGGAUAAGGUUUUGUCAUUUAAAAACACAAAACUCCUUAGCAUUGUUAUUACUGUACAAAACAAGAUUUCUUGCUGCUACUGCCAUUUUUGUUGUAAAUCCUCACCCUAAAAUAUUUUGCACUAAAAUAUGUAAAGGUGAAAGAAAUGCUAACUUUAAAAUGCACAGUUUAUUAUUUUCUUUAGCUAUUACAUACAGGUGGUUAGUUCUACAAAUUGAAAAACUGUAGAAUGUAUUUUUUAGAAAGCGGUGUGCAAAAUGCACAUGGUCUCUCUAACUGUACCUGGAAUGGGUAGAGCCAUUGUUCUGUUCUUACCAAAGCCUGUUCAUUUGAACUCCAUCGCAGAAGUGGAGGUGUAUGGUCAUAUUUAUAAAUAACCAUGGCUAAAGUCUGAUUUCACUAGAAGUGGUAGAUUCUUUUUUUUUUUUUUUUUUUUAAGUCAUUUUAUUUUAAGGAGAGAUUUAAGUUAAAUAUAUAGACAAACUCCUUUAUGAAGCUGGGUGUUUUGCUUUUGUGUUGCCACCUACUAACAUAGGCAGGUUUUAUUUUUUGAGUUCCUUGAUCUACCAUAAGUUAUUUGCCUGACUGAUCUGUAGUGGGAAGUCUGAACUACGUCUUCUAUAGCGGGGUAGGGAAAUACAUCUGUAUUAGGUCACUUUUGCUGCACUCCUGUUGGUGGGUAGAAGUUGAUUCAUAUCAAGACAGUGUUAUAAGCUGUACUUGGUUAUAUUGGAGCUCCAUUUGUAGAAUAGUAUUUGCUUUCUGUCUUUUGAGGCCUGACUUGAUCUGUCUGGGGCAUCAACUGCACCUGUUUUGUUUUGCUUGCUUGCUUUGACUGUGCAACUGGUGCCCAUUCCAUGGCAUUCAUUUCAUGGGAACAGUGUUGCUGCAUAGCAAUGAACUCAGAAAUUAACACAGGACUUUAAUCAGCUGUGGUUGAAACCUUGGAUGCCGAAAUCCUUGGACGCUGAACCGAUAUCUUCUCAAUGAAGACACUUAAUUUGCAGCAAAGUAAAAAGAAAAUUGGAAAAUGCAUGUUUUAAUUUAAAUUUUGUAACUUUUUGAUAGCAUAAUUACUUUAAUAGCUAGCCUUAAUUUCUGGCAUUUUAUUAUUUUAAAUGUGUAUUGUGUACUGUUGUCAAUUCACACACCAUAUCUCUAAAAUGUUCUCUGUUGCUAAAUGCAAAGUUUUUUGAAUUGUUUGUUCAGUAGGGAGAAAAAAGUCUUUGAAGAUCUUUUGCUUUUUAAGCUCCCCCUUCAUAAAUUGACUGUUACUAAGUUAACAUUAAAUAACCUUCAUCUCUAUUUAACAGAAUUUGUUUGGAAUUUCAUAUGAAGACGGCUUAGUGCUUUACCUGGGGAGUAGGCAGGGCAGGCAGAUUUCCUCUUCUGGAUUAUGUCUACAUUCAUCCCCAUUAAAUCCUCACAGGAACUGUUAAUAAUCUUCCCCUUAUGUUUUUGGAAGUUUCAGCGAUACAUUGCUAAUAUGCAUUGGCAUUCUAUUUACCUCUGUCUGAAUCUCUUACAUCUUUUAUUUGAAGAUCCUUUUCACACAGGCCCUGCAAUCUGAUCUCAUUGUAAAUUGCACAAAUAACUGUAACUGAGCUCUGGGAUGAAGGGAGGGAUCGGAUGUGGCAAUGGAAGCCUUGCUCAGGUCUCCAGGUGGAGAGCCCUGUGAAGCACUUGCAGCCUUGUGAACUGGGCUGAGAAUUGAUACCAAGCAUGAAAAUGUUUUCUGAGUGAUAACAAGAACUAGCAUGGCUACUUACACAUCUAGACUGAUAAAAUUUGGUUUAAGUGUUUCAGAACGUGUGAGAGAUGUUAUAAUAUUGUAUCAGUGUGAGAAAAUUCAAUUCAAAUUAAUUAGUCUCACAUAGGCCUAAAAGACAUCUCCUGAGAUGUGAAAUCCAAUCUCAGCACUAUCUCAUGUCAUCUCCCUAAUGAGUGUUAGCAGCUCCAUCUCCAGGGUGGUGACGUGUGUUUUCUGCAGCUAAAACAACGUACUUACUUACAAAUUCUUACUGUUUGGCAGAUCUCAUUGUCCCCACGCUCUUUUCCAAAGCUGACCCCAAGUGAGUAUUUGCUCACCAUUGUUUUACUACAGUGUAAAUUCUGUCCACAGGAAAAUGAGCAAAGGCAACGAAUCCCUGGAUUUAUUGUGCUGUGUGUAGGUUGUCCUGUGAUUACAACUGAUCCUCAUGGAAAACCUGCCUGCAGGGCCUCAGCCUCACACCAUGUGCUUCCUGAGCUCUGAAAGUGCAUUCUGGCACUGCUUAGGGCAUCCGAGGAGAUCUGGGGCUAAAGAUCUUCAGGUGCAUCUGCUGCCCUUCUUUUUAGGAGAUUCUGGCUGAGGAGGAGUUACCAACCCAGGGGAAAAAGGGCUGUGGCAGCCCUUGAUCUUCUGAAGUUCCAGGGGAACUUUGCUGCUUAUUUUAUGAUGAAGAAAUACUCCAGCAUUUGAUCCUCUCUGAUUCCCAUAAAACAAAUUUUCCUUCUCCAAGCACUCUGCUGUCUCUGGUCUAUACAUGAGAACUAUAUACAGCAUGUAGGUCCUCAUUUGUAAACAUCUUCUGAAGGAAAACCUUUAUAUGAAAUGGCACCUGAAUUCAAAUUCCUUGGUGGCAGGGCUGCACUGUCCUGACCAUCAGCAUUCACUCAAGAGUGAUUUUUCACAUCACAUUAAAAACUGAUGUUCAGUUGGAGCUGUUAUCUUUAUUUCCAGGUAAUCUUCUAAGCUAAUGUUCUUUUGAAAUUGCAUUCAUGGGUACUCAAUAUCUAAUCAAUCACACAGUUAAAGAAAUGAAUCUUCUGUUCCAGAGGACUUUGUGAUAAUUCCAUUCUACUGAAUUCUUCUCCUUAAAAAUUGGAAGUACAGCACCUUAACUAAGACAGAGCUAAGCAAAGCAGCAAUGAAAUUGCUUUUGUCACACCAUGUCUUUUGUGACAGCAAUAUCACACAGGAAGUUUAAGUUGAUUCUCCAACUGAAAUAGUAUCUGCCUUGCAAGUAUUUCAAGCUUGCUUUGAUAUAGGAAAGAUUCAAAUAACGUGUUUUAAAUUCAGGCACUUGAGUCCACUUUUAGGCAGCCUGAUUUUCAGAGCUGUUGUGCAGCUGCAGCUCCUGGGACCUCAGAAGUACAUCAUUGCUGAAAAGUGAAAUGUACAAAUAAUCUCAGUGCUAGUUGCUUCCACUGCUCUACUGCUUCUUGGUUCAUCUGCUGCAGGGAAAAGGGGCAAGUUUGAAGACAGUAACUCUUGGGUUGUUGCAGGAAAGGAUGGGGGGGAGUGUUUAGGACCAUUGCUGUGUUGGUAAGUCCCAUGUUAGCAUUUACACUCUGGUCAUUUUACAUCAAAAUAUGUACUUCUGGAUCUCUGAAACUUCUUUGCAUUGAUGUGUCCAUGCAAAUUUCCCAUUCUAGACUACUUCUGCCAUCUUCACAGCAGCUGAAGUAAGAUUAGAGAGAAUUUACCUUCCUUGUUCACAGGCAAGCCAAGGCCAGGAUGCCCAUCGUUUCUCAGUCUUGUGAAAGAUGAGAACAGAUAAAGGGGAGGAGAAGACAAAUGAAAUUAUGGUGUUUCUUUUACAGAACUUUUAUUUGUCCUGCAUCCCCUUUCUCCAGCUCAGUCCUUCUGCUUUGUUUCUGUAGCUCCUUUGCACAUCUGGCGUUUGGGCAGUCGGUGGUGCCAGAGGAAAACCCCUGAAGCACAAACCUGCUCAAGCCCAACCCAUGAGAAAGGGCUCAUGUGCUUCCCCUGUACUGAAAGCAGAAGGGAGUGGCUGAGUCCGGGGUUACCCUGAUUUAACAAAGUCUUCCGCAUUUACAAUUAGGUGGUAAAGCCUCUUUGGCAAUGAGAAUCACUCCUAAAAUGGUGAAAAGAACAGAAACUAAGAGGGUACAGUGAGUGGCAUCUAAUGUUGAACAGUCACCCCGUUUUCUGUCAGGAAGCCAAGCAGAGCAGGAGCAUCCUGUGACAAAACACCUGAGGCACUGCUGACCUCGUGUUCUCCCAGGAGUUUGUUGAAUGUUUUGUGUUAACUGCAAACCAAGUUAUUUUUGCCUUACAGAAAGCAACCAAAAAUUAUGAGAUGGAUGAAUAAUUGGCUAAGAGUCUCUGUACAGCUCGUGGAAGUGAACUUGCAGUAGCAGCCAUACAACAUUUUUGGGGGUUCUUUUGUCUUGAUUUUCAAAAUAAUUUGAUUUCAUGGCUUUCUGUAGAAUAUUGUAAUAAUUCUGCUGUAAAUACAAUAAAAUCACAGUUUGCUGA